AUGGAUCCUAUCGCUGCAAGCCCGCCUCCUCCGUCUAGCCCGCAUCUCGCUGCCUCAUGCUCAUCCGAGGUCGAGUUCAAGAUCGAGAUUGUCGAUGUGGAUGAGAGCACGUCUACCGCGGUACGCACCGUCACCUCGGACGACUUCCAGGUGGUCGGCGAACUCGGGGAGGGAGGACAAGCAUCUGUGUACCUUGUCCAAGAACGCGCGACCGAGCGGCUCUAUGCGCUCAAGGCUGCCGAGAAGAGCGAGUACCCGGAGAUGAACGAGCUCAUGUUCCGGGAGCAAGCAGUACUGGAGAGCAUCGCCGGAAGCCCGUGGUUCCUCUCUUUGAAGGCCAGCUUCGAGGACGACGAGUACUUCUUCCUCCUCACUGAUGUGUGCAUGGGCGGUAGCCUGGAGAGUCGUAUCCAGCGGAGCAAUGGAGGGAAAUUGGCGGAUGGGACAGCGCGCCGCUACUGUGCGCAGAUCGUAUGUCGCUUACAAUACCUGCACAAGCGCAGGGUCAUCCACCGCGACAUCAAACCCGCCAAUAUCCUCCUGAACAACAAGGACGAAGUCGUGAUCGCCGACUUCGGGUUCGCCCGCCCCUUCGCACUCGGAGACACCGUGGAGGACGCCAGUGGCAACGGGCUCGGGAUCCAGCUCGACAUCACGAGCGAGAAGUGCGGCACACCACAGUACAUGGCGCCCGAGAUCUGGAAGGAGGAGCCGUACUCGUACGCGGUCGACGUGUAUUCGUUUGGCGUGAUGAUGUACGAGAUGCUCAACGGCAAGCUCCCAUUCAACCUGGACGAGAUCAGCGACGACGACAACCUGACCGUGGAGGAUAUCGGAGACGCCGUGUGCAUGCCCCAGCCUGGGUUGGAAGUCGAAGACGACAUCGACGAUGAUGCUUUCGACUUGCUUGUCUCGAUCCUGGACCAGGACCCGGACAGGCGACCAUCCUGGGAGCAGAUCAAGGAGCAUCCCUGGUUCGAUGGCGUGUGA